ACACCACAGAGUGGAAUAGUCGAGAUUCUGAACAUAAUAUGAAAUUCUUGUCCCGGGGGAAAUAAAAUCAAAGCGAAAGGGGUAAAAAAUGGCAUUUUGGAGGUCAGUGGUCACCACGAAGACUACAGCCAUUGCUGCCACUGUAGCGAUUCCAGCGGCCUUCGCUGUGUCUUCCGUCUGCCCUUCUUCUUCAGCUUCACGCCCUUCUGUUAAUAUUCAAAGGUUGUCCAAAAGUCUGUGUGGUGCGUCUCUCAGUUUUAUUUCUGAUUCGAAUCUUAGACCGGAGAAGCCGGGUCUUGUGAAGAGUUUGGGGAACCAAUCGGUAGGCGCUGUUCAAAUGGAUAACACACUUCGAACCUACCAGAACGGCGGCGCCUUGCCGGAGCUGCUGACUGAAUUUAUGGUGGAUAUGAAAUGCGAGGGCUGUGUUAAGUCUGUCAAGAACAAAUUGGAGACUGUUGAUGGUGUCAAGAAUGUGGAUGUGGAUUUGACAAAUCAAGUUGUGAGAGUUCUUGGGACUUCACCUGUUAAGAUCUUGACAGAAACACUGGAACAGACUGGUCGAAAAUCAAGAUUGAUUGGACAGGGGAUUCCUGACGAUUUUCUAAUCUCAGCUGCUGUUUCUGAGUUUAAGGGACCUGUUAUAUUUGGAGUUGUUCGCUUAGCUCAAGUUAAUAUGGAACUGGCCAGGAUUGAAGCGACCUUCAGUGGGUUGCCGCCCGGGAAACAUGGUUGGUCCAUCAAUGAGUUUGGUGAUUUGACGAAGGGUGCAGCAAGCACCGGAAAGGUGUUCAAUCCAAACAAGAGCGAAAAAGAGCCACUCGGUGACCUGGGAACAUUGGAUGUGGAUGAAAAAGGUGAGGCCUUCUUCUCCGGCGUCAAGGAAAAGCUGAGAGUUGCUGACUUGAUUGGACGAUCCAUAGUGGUGUAUGGGACUGAAGAUAAGUCAGACGAAGGAAUUGCAGCUGCAGUGGUGGCCAGAAGCGCAGGAGUCGGAGAAAACUACAAAAAGCUCUGCACUUGCGAUGGCACAACCAUCUGGGAGGCAACCAAUGCUGAUUUUGUGACAAGCAAAGUUUAAUUCCCCCAGCCAAUACACCUGCAUAGCCACUCGUCACAUCCAGUCCAGUCCGGCAGGUCCCAUUGUGAGAUGGUUUUGUUAUUUACUGCUGUAUCAUUUUCUUUCAUAAAAGUUGCAUGAGUUUUAGACUGAAAUGACUGCGACAGUAUAGUGUGAAAUAAUUCCCUAUAUUCAAUCUUAGUAAGAAAUAUUGGCCUACAAGCCAAGAAGCUAAGGACCAAGGUAGCUGGUUGUAUUUAAAAUAGAUACUUAAGAAAAGAAUUUUCUUUUCCAAACGAGAGAACAUAUGCAAAGUAAGAAAUCUUGGCCUACA